AUCGGUACCCUCAAAAUAGAAAUACUCCCUUUGUGAGGAGAUUCUGAGGCUUGGGGGUAAAAAGAAAAAAAAGGAGGGGGAAAGGGGGGGGACGCAGCAGAUAAUGGAUGCAGCCCGCGCGGAUCACAGAAGGUCUCUGCGCUCAUAGAUUACAAGGAAAACCGGGUGAGGAAGAGGAGAAGCUGAAGGACAGCAUCAUUUUUGAAGGCUGUGAUUUUUUUUUUAUAGUGACCUGGUGUCGUUUUUUUGGAACGUCUCUCAUUUUCAGGGAUGAUUCUGCGCACAUUGUCUCACUGAUGCACUGACCGGCUUUUGUGUCAUCAGGUUUAUACCAUUUUUCAAUUUUCUUCUUUGAAUGAAUUGAAAACAUCGUUUGAUGUGAAGAUCUGAUUUUUUUUUUGUAUCAGCCGCAUGAAUUCGCUCACCGGAUCCUCGUCGGUGAACGCUGCUGCCUCCUUCCUCCUCAUCCACCUCCUCCUCCUCCUCUUCCUUCGGCCGACUCUCCCUCCUCCCCACCGUUAAAGACAUUUUGAUCGUCCUCCCCAGUUCCCCCCACCCGGACAUCACUCCGCCUGCCUUCCCGUUCACCACCUCCUCCUCCACCUCCUCUUCCUCCUCCUCCUCCUGCGUAACAUGUCGGGACAGUCUUUGACGGACCGGAUCGCCGCCGCGCAGCACAGCAUGACCGGUUCUGCCAUCAGCAAAGCCGUUUGCAAGGCCACGACGCACGAAGUCAGCGGACCCAAGAAGAAACACCUUGACUACCUGAUCCACUGCACCAAUGAGCUGAACGUCAGCAUCCCACAUCUGGCAGACACGCUGCUGGAGCGCACAGCAAGCAACAGCUGGAUUGUGGUUUUCAAAGCACUCAUCACCACGCACCACCUCAUGAUGUACGGCAACGAUAGAUUGAUGCAGUACCUUGCCUCCAGAAAUACACUCUUCAACCUCAACAACUUUCUAGAUAAGGCUGCAUUACAAGGAUACAACAUGUCAACUUUCAUCAGACGCUACAGCUGCUACCUGAAUGAAAAAGCCAUGUCUUACAGGCUAGCAGCAAUGGACUUCACCAAGAUGAAGAGAGGGGCCGACGGAGUGAUGCGCACCAUGAACACAGAGAAGCUGAUCAAAACUCUGCCCAUCAUUCAGAACCAGCUGGACGCGCUGCUUGAUUUCCAGCCGAACUCCAAUGAGCUGACUAACGGGGUGAUCAACACUGCUUUCAUGCUGCUGUUUAAAGACUCCAUACGAUUGUUUGCUGCUUACAACGAGGGCAUCAUCAACAUGUUGGAAAAAUACUUUGACAUGAAGAAGAACCAGUGCAAAGAAGCUUUGGAGAUCUACAAGACCUUCCUCAACAGGAUGACCAAACUGUCUGAGUUUCUCAAAGUGGCAGAGUCAACAUUACGAGUUGGGAUAGAUCAGGGCGACAGCCCCGAUCUCACACAGGCCCCCAGCUCCCUCCUGGAGGCUCUGGAGCAGCAUCUAGCUUCUCUGGAGGGCAGGAAGCUGAAGGACCUGUCUACUGCCAGCAGAUCCAGCACGGUGUCGUCCCUCUCCAGCGCUGGGAUCUCUCUCAGUCGUAUGGACGACAAAACAGAAGACAACCGGCUGCAGCAGCACAAGGAAGACGGUCAUAAGGUAUUUGACAUUCAGACGCCCAACGCUUCGCCCAGCACCCAAUCAGUGGGCAGUGCCAACAGCAGUGGAGGAGCCGCAGAUCUCUUUUCCAACUCGCCCAUCGUUACCAUCAAUAAUCAUGUGCCAAACCUGACCAGCGAGCUGUUCACCCUGCAGCCUCACUUCCCCCCCAUCCAGACCACACACACUGUGCCCAACAACAACAACGCUUGGGGAGGUGACCUACUAAAGCCAUCACCACCUACUCAGAUUCACAGCCCAGGAGCCCAACUGCACUCGGGGAAAAUGCUGCCCAAUGAUUUGGACUCCUCGUUAGCAAAUCUGGUUGGCAACCUGCAGUUUGGGGGGAUGCCAGCUAAAAAGCCAGAGCUUCAGUGGAGUCAGCUGGUGGAGAAGAAGCCCACAGGAGGAAGUGGCUGGCAGUCUAAGACCAUGUGCACCAGCACCAACUGGACUCACACCACUCAUCCCAUGGCGCCUGCACCCAUGCCUGUCCCUCAGAUGAAUGGGAUGAUCUAUACUGGAUACGCUCCAGCGCCUGUGGCUUUUCCUAUGACAACACCCCAAGUGCCUGUGUACGGAAUGCUCCCUCCUCAGAUGAGUCAUCAAAUGGGAGGCGUUCCUAUGAUGCCCGCACAGACCGUCAUGUACAACCAGCCUGUCCUGAGACCCACCAAUCCCUUUGGACCCAUUCCGGGAACACAGAUGCACUUCAUGUAGGGAUGAUGGUGUAACCAUGGCAGCAAAGCUGAAAGGAAAGAGAUGGAGAGGAAGAGUCAACAGCGAACACAAAUCCAGCGCAGGGGAACGACAGCGGAGGCCAAAGAGGGAAAGGGAGGAGAGAGGACCAGAGGAUGGAUAAAUAGAUGAAAUGCUGAUGUCAGUGUCAUAUCACCUGAUCCUCUAAUCUCCUCUCCUCUUUCCAUGUGGCUUCUAAUCUCAGUUUCUGAACCUAUAAGGAGUACAGAGCUGUGGCACCAGACACUCUGCACCCAUCCAACUCAUCCUAUGUUUGAUUUGCCACUUGAAGUGGCAGCUACGACCUCCGCUGAAGCUAAAGACUGACAGCGACAUGGAAGUCCUGAAGAUACUUUGCCAUCUCGAAGCUCACUAAUACUUUCUUUCAUGAAGGCUUACCUGCGGCUCUCUUCAUCAUCAAGCUGAACCAGGCCUGGAGGAAGCACAUCUCUUUCUCUAACUGGAUUGUUUGCUGGCACUUUACUAAAUGUGAACUUUGCCAAGGGUGUGAUUCUGUGUAGGAGAUUUUAGCAUCUAGUUCAGAUUGGUUUCUGGUUGCAUCAUUCAUUGCCUGAUGUCAGACGUUUUUAUUUGUCGUGCGUGCCCCUUUUUCUAAUAUUUCAGCGUGUCGAACAUUUUUUCUCUUUAUAAGCUCCAUUUGUUCUUAAAUGCGUAAAACAAUGAUUUGUGAGCACGCUUGUGUGACUGUAGACGGACGUAGAUGUUUAGUGUGUGAAUUGUUUCUCUGUAGGUACCUGAUGUCAUUACUGUGUUGCCAGGUGCCAAUGUGUUACUGCACUGGAACUAACUGAUGGAAGCACUGAGCCAGACCCAGUUGUUGCAUUUGGAUGUAAACAAACCUUUCACGCUAACUUUUGCUCUUUGGGGAUGUGCUGUACACACUGUUUCUUUUUGCUGUCUCUGUUUGCAGCUGUGCAAUAUCGUGCAAAUCCCAGUAUUGUCUUUCUCAUAUCUGUAGCCUGUUUAGAAAGCUUUUUCUGCUGUAGCAUUGUACUUUCUCUGUGUCAACAUCCGGUUUCUGUACAAAUGUUUCUUUUUACUCUGCGGGGUUAUUUUAUAACUUGCUCUGUUACACCUUUUUCUGCUCUUAUGGCAGUUAUUCAAAGGGUGACUUUCAGUCUAGCUAGUUAGAAAUGUUAUUUCCUUCCUGUCCUGAGCAUUUUUCCUGUCCAAAUUUAGCAUCAAGUCUAUUUCCACUUCAAAAAAGCUAGGUUAGGGUAGUCACUACGGCACAUGUCCAACCCUUAAUGCAGAGGACAAACAGCUGUAUUUUUGGAAGGUUUGUUUAUCCAGUAUAUGGACACGGCAGAUAAAGGUACAGAGUUAAGUCCGGUAAACUCAUGAACUAACUAGGGGUCAUCUCUUUACAUCAGAACCCUGGUCAUGCCUGAAGUGAUGUGUACAGAUCAACUCGGACAGGCGGAGACGAGGACGCUUUAAUGAGGCAUUAAACAUUAAUGUGAAUUUUCGAACAGACCCAAGGUCAAGUGAGACCCACAGUUGGUGAUAAUAUAAAUAUAUAUAUAUAUAUAGCACAAACCUUCAGAGAGGGGACAAAGCUCUGCUGCACAAACAUCUAAAAUCAUUGCUGCGAUGUACAUUUAAAAGGGGCAAUAAUUGAUAGGGGAUUAAGUCGUUUUCUAUUGACUGUGUCUGUUCUAUGUACAUGUAAUGUGUGUGUGUGUUUAUGGGCACAUGCCUUUGCAUAGAGAUAAACAGGGUCAUUUCCUUUGGUUUGACAUGAAGGAUCUCUAAGCGAGUCAGUGGCGUGUACUAAAUUAGCGUUGCGUGUUUUUGUGACAAUGUGACACAUCGACCCAAGGUGGCUUAAGGAUCACAGACAAAAUUGGGAAUUCAAAUAAAUGUGAGGCGAGCCUCUGCAGGCAACUAAAGCUGAACGAGCUGGUUAUUUCUACAACAUUUAAACAGUAGAUGUCGUCUAAGAAUUGCUCGUUUGGUUGAUAGAUUCCCGUGGGCAAAGGUUGAACUGUAACGCCAGUCUUCCUGAUGCAAUGGCUCCCCAACAGGCACAGAUACUACUGUUGUAGACCAAUUGGACAUAAAUUCUCCAAAAUUUCACCAAUGAAUGAGCAUCUGUCGUUUCACACACACCAUUAACCCUUAUUUCAGUGGUUUGUCUAUGUCAGCUGGAGGCUAUCGUCAUUCAUGCACUUCAGCCCCACUACGCAACUCAAUCUGUCCUCUGCCAACCUCUGACUGUUACUGUGUCCCCUCUGUAUAUAGGUAAUAAUGUUCAUGUGUUUUUAGACGUACCCUCUAUGUAAAGUGAUUGAAGCCCCAUUGGAUGACAUACUGUACAUGGGACAUUUUAUUGCCGUAUCUGUGUUUGAAUGGUCGUAGUUUGGACUCAUCAUCCAGGGAUGGGAGGGAGGGCAGGGUCGAUGUUUGUAACGUUUGUGUCCAUCGCCAGUAGUCAAGUAAAGGAGUUUGGGUAGGGGUGGGCGGGGAUUGAAGGGCAAACUCUCACAUCUGGUCUAUACCAAGAGUGUCUUCAUUGAGGAAGUGGACAGGACAGGGUCUGUCCUCUUCAAAACAGGAACAUUUUUUUUGCACCAAAGUCAUCAUCAAAGCGCAGCUUCUACUUCAAGGUCACUAAGGAUGGAUGAAAAACUGAACAAUUCCACAGAUUUUGUUUCUUUUAUUUUGAAACGAAGCAGUUUCUUUUGCAUGAUUAAGUGUUGUCUUUUUAUUGGCUCGUGUGCCCGGUAAAAGCAUGACCAUUGUGUGAACUUUCUCUUACCGGUGUGUUUGGAAUAUGUUAAGGAAAUUUCACAGAAGUUUGGGUUCUUUUGUUUUGUUUUAUUCUUUUUUUUACUUACCUCCUGACAUGAAAUCUAAUUGACAUUCAUAAUCAACUGUUUUACAAUGUAGAGUCUGUAACUGGUUGAAGGCUGCCUUGCAUGGAGAAAUGUAACUUGCAAGCAACCCAUCAUCUUCAACCUGUUACCAAAACUGCAUUUCUGUAAAACACCAUGGAUGUCAAUGCCAGUGGUCACCUAGCUAGCUAGACAUUGCAGUCUUGUAAAGAAAAUUGCUCUUUAUUAAAGCGUUGCUAUUUUCAAUACGUGUUUGAAUGCUCACUCCUUUGUCAUAAUAAACCAGCAGCAUCAUGGGGGGCUGGGGUUGACUCAAAGUACUGUAAUAUGUUUGGUCUUGUCUCAGCUCUGUGGUGUACUGUAUUUGCCCGUCUCGUCUUCUCACUUGUCAUUGACUUGCUCAUUACUUUCAAGUCAUCCUCCAAAACGCAGGCUGGUUUCCUGAAACACUCAUUCUAAUAAAAGAACUCAGAUGAGAGUUUUUAAAUCAUUUUGAACUAAUGCUUACCAACAGGAAAGUAAAACUGAGGCUUUAUAGAAUAUUUUCCAGUAGCGAUAGAUUUUUAAUUUUGCCUCAUAAGGCAAAAGUAAAACCUGAUGCACGAAAAACAAUAAAAGUUGGCUUGAAAUCAAUUGAGUGCUUCUUUAAGAUGCCACAGAUCUCUUGAAAAAAAAAAAAAAAAGGUCUGUGACUACAACAUCUUUGAAAGGAAUAACCAGAAACCAGAGCUGCAUUCCUGGAGCUAAAGUCUAAUUUUUGUAUUUCCAUACUAAGC